UGCUGCUUUUAAUAAGUAAUUACAGCAUUAUAAGGAUAAUGCACGAAAACUCUGUAAUAUAAACGUUAAUGUAAAUAAAAUCUACACACAUAACUAUAUUCUGUCAGAAAGAAAGACUAUACAUACAUUUGAUAUGUCUGAAAGAUGUAACGUAAUCCGGUGUUACGUAAUGUAAUGUUUUACUUUUAACGAAAUGCAGGAAGCAAUGUAUCAGUCUGCAAAAACAAAAAAUCUAGUCCGCUAUAUUCAUACUCAGUUUGACAAUGAUAAUUUAAUAAUAUGAGGCAAUAGGUCUCCCAUCAUAUUAAUGUUAUAUAUAUAUUUAUAUAAAAUAUUUAAAUGUAAAUAUAUAUAUGUAUAUGUAUGUAUAUAUCUCAAACUCAUUGUCAGUUCCCCUCAGCUCCAUGUAUUAAAGUAAACAAUGGUUCUCAUAACUAUGGUAUAGGUACCAGAGGUACUACUUUGGCUCUCCUUAGUGGCACUGACUUCUGUUUAAACUUGGGUUGGCAGUUGCUGUGUUUUGUGUGUGCAUUUGUGUAGUUGAAUCAAGGUGGUACUUAUCGUGUUACUUCAUUGUAGCGUGAAUAUGCCUGCUCUAGAGUCCUUUCUUUUUUCAAUUAUCUUAAGAUAAAUAUGUUAAGAUAAGAGAUCUGGCCUGGAGAGAGACCUAUUUGAUCACGCCGCAUUUAACUAGGGAAACAGAACACUAAAAUCAAUCGCCAAGCUAAUCGCCAAGAUAAAGUGCUAAAAACAGGAGCAAGUAUUCAGAGACUUUUCACUGCUCUUAAAGAUAAAAAAAACCAAAACCCUAGACCACGUCAGCCAUGUUAAAAAAAUGUUCAAGGUCCCAGGGGGCAGAGUGUAUCACCGUAGGUCAUAAGGACCUUAGAGUAUAUGUGUCACACAAAGGAAAGUUACAUCAGGACUUUUUCUGAUGGUUUGAUCUGUACACUAACCUACUGCAUACCAGGUCACAGAUAUGUGAACCAAUGUGGGUCAAACUGCUGACAUGCAUAUUUUUUUGAGCAGGGAGGCAUUAUAAAACAGUGUUUUGAUCAUGUUCUGAUUGUAUGGCAAAACACUGUAAUUUAAUCGGUUAACAGAAACAUGGACGGAAUUUACAAAGGAUUUGCGACCCCUAUAGGAGUCCAUGAAGACACUGCAGAGGGUCAUGUGAUUUCUGGUCGACACAAUUUUUUUAUAUUAUUUUAGAACUUGCUGAUGUUCAAAAUAAAAUAAGUAUAUAACCUUGUAGUAUUUGGAUAUUGUAGUAUUCAAUGCAAAAUAACAGUGGGUGGUCCCUGCGUUAUCUCCAUAUUUUCCAUUCCUUUUGUAAUAGUUGUGAAUGGUGGUGAAUCAGCGCUCUACUAUAUAUGUUUAAGUAUUCACCAGAUUAACACUAACUACCUUGUUGACUUCUUUCCCUCCGCUUCAGUCGCCUGCGAUCAUGAAGCUGCUGGUCCGUCCAUACCGUCCUGUCGACAGGGAUGCAGUGCGUGCUCUCUUCAGUUGGGGCAUCCGGGAGCACAUCGUUCCGUGCUUUAAAAACAACAUGAGCUCCCCCCUCUACCUCGUCAUCACCCUGGCUCUGUGUGUGGUUGGAUACAUCGUCGCCUCUGUGUUCGGGGCUGUUGUUUUACCUGCUCUCUGGAUGAGCCUCGUCUAUUACAGCGGUUAUUACAUAUACGAUGGGUUUGUCAGAAGGAAACUCGUGACAGACAUGCAGGAGAUUUCUAGGAACUAUAUGAGCAGACCCGAUGACUGCCUUUGGGUGGCUGAAGCUGAAGUUGACGGGAGGGUUCAGAUCCUUGGUAUGGUGGCUGUUAAGGGCCAGCAAAAUGGAAAAGAAAAGUGUGGUGAACUGCUCAGGAUGAUCGUUUCACCCACGUGCAGGCGGAUGGGGUUGGGUCACAGGUUGGCACAAACUGUUGUUGAUUUCUGUAGGGAACGAGGCUUCUCCAAGGUGAUGCUGGAGACCAGCUCCAUCCAGAAAGCUGCUGUGGCGCUGUAUAAAAAAAUGGGAUUCCGCCACAUAGUCUUUCAAUCCAAACAUGAUUUUCCCUUGUGGAUUGUAGCUUUGUCUAAUGUCAAAGUUUUAAAGCUGGAAAAACAACUUUAGGCCUGAAAUCAUUCCAAUCACCUGAUGUGACAUCAGUGUCAUCUUCUAUUAAUCUGUAAUUAAAGAUUACAUUAAGAUUGAAAUGAUGCACCAUGAGCACUGAAAUUAAAUAAUUUUGUACCUGUUUUUCACAAUGCAUAAAUAAAAUGAAACCGUUCACUGAG